AACUGCAAAAUAUCGCACACUCCACUAAUCGUUAACUCUCUCUCUCUCUCUCUCUCUCUCUCUCUCUCUAAAUGUGUAUACAUUUAUGAAAAGGAAGAAUCCCUUAUCUCCUUCUCCUUCUCCUUCUCCUUCUCCUUCUCCUUCUUCUCUUCUCUCUCACACAAUUUGAUCCUUUUCGUUUAUCCAGACUUCUUGUCGGUUGUUACCUAUCCGUUACUCUCCACUCCCCUCUCAUCUCUUCCAUUAUUGCUCCUCAAAUCAAUAUGUUUCUCCAAUUCUGAUUCAUUAUUGGAAAUUUACGGGGAUUCAGCACUAUUCCUGUUUUCUAAGAAGAAUCGGUGGUUUUUUCAGAAAUUACGAUGGCUUCUCUACAAGGCCCAGUUGUUAGCCCUGUAGUCUGUGCAAAGCAAACAGGACCUUCUGUGGCUGUUAAUUCACCCUUACUGAAAGCUAAACUAAUUAAAAGUGGAUUCUUGGGGCUUAGAGGGCUUGGCUACAGCAGGGGUAAUGCGGGUAACUGGAAGCAUUCCAGGAAGUGCAGAACAACACAGUGUAGCUUCAGUUCAUCAUCAAAUGGGAAUGGUAGCAUGGCAGGGAAUUCCAGUGAGAACGACGCUGAUUAUGUGAAUUCAAGUGUGGUUGAAGCUGUUGAGGUGCGAAGUGGCCGAGAUGGCUUCAUGAUCAAGAUGAGAGAUGGUAGGCAGCUGAAAUGUGUCCAUAACAAUCCUCUGGGAGGUCAUCUGCCAGAUUAUGCUCCACAUCCUGCAAUUGUAUUGAAGAUGGAGGAUGGGACAGGGCUUCUUCUUCCAAAAUUGGUUUGUAUGUGA